UCGGGAGCCAACUUAGAGCACCAACAAACCAAAUCAAACCAAAAGAAAGGCAAUGGCCUCUCUUAGCUUGUCUGCUGUUCCCACCACGACCACCACCUCACUGUCCUCUCGCUCCCCCUUGUUUUCCAAAAGCACCCAUCGUUCAAAAGUCUCAUGCAAGUCAUCCGCAGAUGACCACUCUGAAAACAAGCUCAUACUUCCCAUGCAGAAUGUUGACCGGAGAAACAUGCUCCUGGGGCUAGGCGGUCUAUACGGUGCCGCCAACUUGACCAACAUCGGUUCGGCCUUAGCAUACCCCAUCACUGCUCCAGAAAAUAUUUCAAACUGCGUUCCUGCGGAUGUCGGCUUUAACACCGAAGACGCUGUAAGAGGCAGUGCCUGUUGCCCUCCAACCACACAGACUACCGCUGUUCCUUACGUCUUGCCUGAGGUCACUGAACUUCGUGUUCGACCUGCGGCAGACCGACUCACUCCCGAGUACAUCGCAAAGUAUCAAUUAGCGAUCAAGCGCAUGAAGGAACUUCCAGACGAAGAUCCACGCAGUUGGAAACAACAAGGUAAGAUCCAUUGCGCGUACUGCAAUGGAGCUUACACUCAAUAUAUGAAUGGCCAUCCGGAGCUAAAAAUCCAGGUUCACAACAACUCGCUCUUCUUUCCUUUCCACCGCUGGUACCUCUAUUUCUAUGAGCGUAUCUUGGGUAGCUUAAUCGAAGAUCCAACUUUCGGUUUACCAUACUGGAACUGGGACAAUCCCAAGGGAAUGUUACUUCCUGAGAUGCUUGAAGCCCCUUACCCUCAUCCAGACCCUGAAAGUAACAGACCACCCAAUCCCAGAUACAACCCAUUGUUUGACCCUUACCGAAAUGUCGCACACUUGCCUCCCGCCAUUAUUGAUCUCGAUAGGGGAAAUGCAGGAGGUGACAAAGACUGUGUUGCCCAGAUAAGCGAAAAUCUGACUGCAGUGUAUGAUCAGAUGAUCGCAGACUCCGCAGCAAAUCCAGAUGCCUUUUUUGGUACCAAUCCCAAUCCAGAUGAUCCUAAGGCAAUUGUAGCUGGAAGCAUAGAGAGUGGUGUUCACUCAGCAGUGCACGUAUGGGUGGGUAACCCUAGGAUGACUAACAAUGAGGACAUGGGGAACUUUUACUCGGCCGGGUAUGACCCAGCCUUUUACCUCCUUCAUUCCAAUGUCGACCGCAUGUGGCAAAUCUGGAACGAGCUGGACGCCAGAAACGUAAAUCCAAGUAACGACGACUGGCUGAAUGCGUCAUUUGUGUUUUACGAUGAGAACCAAAAUCUUGUACGUGUCUAUAACAGAGACUGUGUAGACAUCGAGAGGAUGGGGUACACUUUCGAACCUUCACGACUCACAUGGCUCCAGGCUCGCUCGAUGCCUCGAAAUAAGGCGUCCAACAUUGCAGCCAAGUCAGUGGGAGUUGUUAAGAAGGUGGAGGAGAUUGAGUUUCCUGUGAAGUUAGACCAGACGGUGAAGGUUCUAGUGAAGAGGCCAGCUACAAACAGGAGCGCGGAUGACAAGAAGAAAGCUAGUGAAAUGCUGUUUUUGGAGGAAAUCAAAUACAACGGUGAGCAGUUUUUCCAGUUUGACGUGUUGGUGAAUGAUGUAGACGAUGGGAUUGAGACCACCCGGGUUUCAAGCGAGUUUGCGGGUACUUUCGCCCAGGUGCCACAUGGCCUCGGAGGAGGGCAUAUGCUCAUGUCGAGUGGGACGGCGUUUGGGCUCACACAGAUUUUGGAGGACCUUGAAGCUGAAGGUGAUGAGUAUGUUUUGGUUACUUUGGUGCCGAGGGAAGGGGCAGAAGAUGCUACCAUUUCCAAUAUCAAGAUUAAGCUGGUUCCCCUCGCUAAUUAAAACUCGUCGAUGUAACUGCCUUUUCAAUCUUCCUUUGCAUGCAUGAAUCUGUUUGGGUUCGGUAACAAGAGCUUUUACAGUUCCUGUGUUACCUGAUAAUAAUUUCGUUUCAAGUUUAGUCACUAAGCAUGUUGAAUGUCACUCUUGGUUGUAUUUGGAUUUCGAUUAAUAAACUUUUAUCAAGUAAUGUUCGGUUUA